GCUUAAAUAGUGAAUUUUCUCUUUGUGCUCACUGCACUUUUCGUCUAUCCAUGACUACUCUGGUUUGCCUGCGCUUAGUUGUUGGACAUUCAAUCAUUAUCAGCUGAAAUGUGAGCUGCGAACAAAAAGUACUCAUGGGUACAUUCAAUGACACUGCUUGUUGAAUCAACGUGCUGAGGAGAUUCCAUCCAGCCUCUCUCUGGCUAUCAAGUACAAAAUAUCUUUCUCCUGUACUCUCUGUUUUCUUUCCACUACUGAUUAUCUGCUUUCUCCCGUCUUCCACUGCUGCUUCCAUUGUGUUUAUUUUGCCUCUCCUUAUGCCAUCGCUACAUGUAGUUCUGAAACUUGGACAUCGCCCCGCGACUCUACAGGUCUUACGAGCAAUGCGAAAUUCGUCUGAUUCUCCAGAUCAUCCUGUUCCUGGAGGGCGUCUAGGAGAUUUGUGGACUAUAGAACAGGACCAAAGUUUGCUAAAACUCCGCGAGGAGCAUGAUUAUAUGAACUUAGAGGAUUUUCAAAAGGUCGGCGCUCAUUGCCAGAAAAUACGAGUUGCUGUUGACACCGCCUAAACUAUGCCAAAUCGUUAGGCAUUCUUCCCUGACCGUUCUCGUUACGCGGUAUCCAAGCGGUUGUCAGUGCUGAAGCGAGCAGGACAACAGGUGAUUGAUUCUGGACAACAAUAUGCAUGCAGCGCGCUAAUGACAUGGGCAGAAGGCUUCUCUUGGCAAUUCACCGUUGGCUGGUGGAUCGAACAGCCCUCGCCGUCAACCAAGUACCAUCGAAUACAUAUACUCUGGCGAUGAGUCCCAAGCCAUGUCUCUCGAUAGUCGAUUAGAGGCUGAGGAAGUUGGCGGAGAGUGUACAUCAGAGCAAAGAACUUCUUCCCAGACGGACGACGUUUCUAAUCCAGUCUUGAGUAAUACACUCAAAAGGAAACCUUCAGUUGACAAUGGCGCAUCUCGCCCAAGUCCUUCAAAACUCUCCAGGGUUCCAACGGUGCCCAUCUUCGCGUCGACGGAGCUAUGCAGCACAGCGUUUCCAUACCUGAAUACGCCAACGACAAGCAAUGCUAAUACAGUUGUGGAUGUCACUGAUAAUCCUAACAAUCAUAAUCAUAGGAAUAAUACCCAAGUAUCCAUCUUCAAUUCCAGAUCCACCUGGAUGGACCUCAGAGAUGAAGACAUACUACAUAUGUACCACCAAGCCAAGAAGUGUACAGAGGAAACGAGGCGCGCAGAAGCGCUAGAAUUAAAACUAUCGAGUUCAAACGACAUUCUAACCCGUUGUCGCGAUGAGAACAGGGCACUCCUGGACCUACAAAAGCAGCAUGAUGAUGAACUUGAGGAAACCAUGGGAAACCUUCUCAAGGAACGGAAAGCGGAACAAAAGCAGCUGAAAGCGGAUAAUGAAGCCAAGCUGAAGCUGUUGGAGCAGAUGGAUCAGCUCAAGACAGAAUUCAACAAGAUUAAAGUUGGCGCUUCAAAAGUCAUACACCCUGGCAUGUGGAAGUCUGGUGGGAUGGAUGCCGCAGCUGCUCAAGUGAUAAAACUUGCAGCGCAAAUUGAGGAGACGCUAAAGGUCAUAGUAUCUUCAGAAACCAGAUCGCCAUCGCAAGUUCCUUCAGGAGAUCACAUGUUUCUAGGUACUCCGUACUUAGAACCUAGGCCUUUUCUAGAGGGAAAUGGAAUGAGCGGGUAAAAUAAAUAUUGAGUACAAAGAGCUUGUGAGUUGAAUGUGGGAUGGUUGGUUGCAAAAUGUCUCUUUUCUGCUUCUUUUAUCUUAUUUUUCUAUUUUUAAUUUGCAGUUAUUUUCCCUUAAUUUUUGAUUACUUGUUAAAUAAAAGCAAUAGAAUCUCACUCAGUGAGUAAAUAUUAAAAUUUCUGUAUAAAGUAAUAGAGGGGGAAAAGUUUCUGAUUGUAAACUGAGGAAUCAAGAAUCUGCUGUCACAGAAAUUG